UCAAGGUGACACCUUACUGCUAAUCAUGGCUGACGGGGCACUUGAAAUUUUGACAUCAACAAUCACUUUUCCAUUGUGGCGUCACAUAUUUUGUUUUAUGACGUCAUAAUUUUACGUGAACCUGUGCGAUAUCCAGUAAUGGCGGACAAAUAACAAUAAGAUUGUAAAGAUGGUUGACUCCGUUAUGGCAGAUUACUUCGGUAACCCUGGAUCACCAUUGUUACAUCUUAACCACAGAUACAUGCAUGCUAUAGGUAAUUCCAGAGCGAGGGAUUUAUCAGAAGAAUGUAAGAUUCCUGACAAACCAGAGUUUCUAGUCCUUGGAGGAGGUGACAUCAGACAUGUUCUAUACACUGUAUCACAAAUGUCACAGUUACAGAAGCCACCAUCAUCCAUCUCAAUGUAUCUAAAUGAUUCUGAUGAUGUUGUAUUAGCCAGGAAUAUAUUAUUAUUAAAAAUUCUAGAGACCUGUGACUCUAAUGACAAGAAGACUCUAUCUUUUCUAUGGUCUGUGUGGUAUAAUACCUUCCUGACUCCAUUGGAACACACUUGUUUAAAAGAUCUGAUCCAUAAUGUUCAACAAAAGUUACCCGAAUGUGUUGAGUAUGCAGAGGAGUAUAGUUUGAAGGAUAUAGAUAAGGUUUUUAAGUAUUGGUCAGAAAAUCUAAAAAUCAAUUCCAAGAAAAUAAAAAAGGACAGAGAUUCCUUUGUACAGAAGUAUGUAAGUUCUGAAUACAAUGAGGAAACAACAUAUCACACUGCCAUAGAAUGUUUGUCUGCAGCCGAAGCAUCUAUUUUCUGUAUAAUGCCUGGGUGCACCUUGUUUAAAAAGAGACUAGCAGAACUGAAGUCCUAUGUAGUGUCUGGGGUGUCAUCUUCUGCACAGACAGAUACACUGAACAGAGUCAAUGUUACGUUACUGUGUCCUCACUCCAAGGAAUGGCGAGUGGAGCCUUCAGGGACACCUUUUCAUGCUUAUAACCAUGGAGUUUUUAUUCCGUCUUUGACAAUGAGAGAGAACUGUAUGGAACAACUCAAACAAUGGGUUGCUGGGUGGAGAAAGUUUAUAAACAAUGGUGGAAAACUGCAGAUAAAGAUAUUCCAUGGUGAGCCUCUGACUGUGUGUAAUUGUGUCCUUUCUGCUGACCAGAGAUUUGACUUCAUUGAUACAUCGUACCUCUGUGACGAUGUUGGACUGAUGAAUCUUUUGUUAUCAUGUAGUCACAGUCUUAAAAGAGAUGGUUUGUUGACUGUACAGUCUGUCAAGUGGACAGAAUCUUUCUACACAAACUUUGAAGAUUAUUUACAAGACAACUUGAAGGCCUCCCCUGGGUUCUAUCCUAUGAUGUUUGGACUCUGUCUAGCUGAAGAUUUUACAUUGGGAACAUGCAAUCCAGCCCGACCCAAUGUUCAUUUUGCUAACCAGACAAGGAAGAAUAUAGUAAAAACAAGAUGGAAGUCCAGUCUAUUUGAUAAUGGUCAAACAGUAGAUAUUCACGGAUCUUUAGAGCUACUGAAUGUAUUUAAGUUGAUAGUAGAUACAGCAUUUGAUUGUGAGCUUUCUCCAGUGAUGAAUUUAUGUGGAUCAGGAUUAAUUCUUCCAUUAACUGUCAUCUAUCUUAUAAGAAGUAUGCAGCAGAAAGUAAAAGGGGGAGCUGAAUGUCUACUGGAUUUGAUAGAGAAGCGUCUACCAGUAGUGGCCAGUAAGUCUGGGCAAGAUUUCAAACCAAGUGAACUGGAAUGGAGAGAAUUGAGACAUCAGUUCUUCCCAGAUAUAAAGCAGCCAGAAGCUAAAGAACCCCUUAUUGUUGUUGAGAUAGAAGAGUUUUACAAUCCCAAUGACAAGUUUCCCUGCACUGCUGGUAUAAAACGGCCAUAUCAGCUGUUCAUAUUUAGCACAAUACACGACAAGAUGGCAUACAUCGCUGCACAGUGUAAAUCUAAUAAAAAGCAGCUAUCGUGUACAUCACAACCUUGGUCCAUGUUAUCAUUAAUGAAGUACGAACCUACCAAGCAGACCUUAGGUUUUCUAUGUCCACAGAAAUAUUAUGAAAACUUUAAUGUGAUGUUACCGUUAGUGCUUUCACCAUUCUACAAUGCCAUUCCUUCGUUAAUGUGUAGGAAUUGUAUCUAUGACGAUGAUUUAAGAGGAUACAGUUUUGAUACAGAGGAAGUCAGAUACAAUGGUUUCCCUAACAACCAAAAAGAAGUUGAAGAAUUUGAAGUGAAAGAUGAAAAUGACAAUACAGAAAAGGAAGACAUUUUCAAUGUUGAAACAUGUGAAGCAGAGAGGUUCUAUAAUAUUAUUUUAUCCUGUAAAAAGCCAAAUAUAGAAGUAACAGAUUUAUCUGGAGGAGUAACAGAGGACAAUAAGUAUAUUAUACAAUACUCUGUCCAAUACAAUCUGCCUGCAGAAGAGGAAACAAGAAUAUUCAGUGGUUCAAUCAUGGUAGCACAUCCUGUGACAGGAAAAAUAAUGGUUCUGCAUAAAACCAACAAGUACAUAAGAGCAGAGAUUGGAAAGGACUUCAAACAGCUAGAGGGACCACAGUUGGUAUCUUACAGACAGAUAAAAGUUUCCAACUACCCUAAAUUAAAGUGGGACAUGCAGAGACUAGUAGAAACUUUGAAUGGUAUGUUUGAUACCACUAGACAGAUGCAAAGGAAAGGAAUGAUAGCAGGAGGAUCAGACAAGGCACCAGAUUACUUUGUGGAAUUUAAAAAUACACUACAAAUUAUACUCUUUUGGGUUAAGAGUCCCCCAGUUGUCAGAUCAAAGGUGUGCUCAUAUUCGCUGAUCCGUGACAAGAGAAUGGUAGAUCCUACUGCUGGUCGUCAUAGAGACCAGGAAUGUGGGAAAUACCCAGAUGAAAUCUUCUUGGCUGUUACUGGAGAACAUGAAGUAGAUGGAAAAAUGACACUUAAAGUUGUUUGGAUCGACUUUGAAAUUUAUAACAAACUGGAAGCAGAGGGCAAGGUUGCAAAGGGAUCACAUCUGAAAUUUAUGAGAAAAUAUUGGUAUGAUGAUGAGGACAAAAGUCAUCCCAUGGGAAAUACAGCAGAAGCAGCAAGGAUAUUUCAGACAGUGUUGCGUAUCAACUCUAUGAAAUGUGUUCAAGGAGGAGAUAAUGGAUCUGGUGUAUGGAACUUUAUAUCAUUCCUACAGCCUGUUUAUACUGUGGGAGAGAAGGACAAGGCCACAAAAGAGGGGAUGUUUGAGAAGAACUUCCCUAAGAUACAGAACCAUCCAUUAGCAGUGUUCCAUACAAGAUGUCAUGUCUGUAGUACACCUGUAGGGCGUGGCAUGAAGGAAUGUACAGAUUGUCGAGCUGUCCAGUACUGUACACAGGAAUGUUAUGACAAAGACAGCCAAUCACAUGCCAUGUACUGUAGUAAAUCUGUUAAAGGUGCAAAGAUAAUGCGACAAUUUAAAAGUGACCAAGCUGCAACAGAAACUAGAAAAAAGGAGAGGUGUUCAGAAUGUACAAAAAAGAAGUUAGAGUUGAAAAGAUGUUCACGUUGCAAAAUGGCUGCUUAUUGUAACCAAGCUUGUCAAAAAAAGCAUUGGCCUAAACACAAAAAAGUGUGCAAAUCUUAAAAUUGAAAAAAAUGUAUACAAGAAGAACAACUAAAAUGUUAAGAGAUAUGACAGUUUUGUGAACCAAGAGA